AUGGUACCCGAUACACUUCGAAAUCUCAACCCAACUGCAUAUACACCUCGAAUCACCUCAAUCGGCCCUCUUCACAAAGAGGACCAGCAUCUUAAAGCUAUGGAGGAGCACAAAGUGACUUACAUGUAUCGAUUAUUUUGUCGAACUGUGGAAUCCACAGAGGAGGAUAUAGAGCAAAUAACUUAUAACUGUGUACAAGCAGUUCUUGGGCUUCUAACACGUGCAAGAGCUUGCUAUGCACCAAGUUUUACAAAUUAUGAAAAUUUAAAGUUCGCUGAAAUGAUGGUUAUUGAUGGUUGCUUCAUACUUGAGCUUCUCUACAGGUUCGAAUAUGGAAUUGGAGAGGGGGAUCCAAUUUUUGACAAUAUUCUGGUGAUACAUGACGUUAAACACGACUUGCUGCUACUAGAAAAUCAAAUGCCAUUCUUUAUUCUUGAAAAAUUGUUCAGCAUCACUGUGAAACGGAUCUUGAAGUCAAUUUCGUUAACUGACCUUGUCUUCUAUUUCUUCAAGGAUAUGAAUAUCAUAAAUAAUAGCGAGCUUACCACAAUUGAGGGACCAGUAGAGCAUUGUCAUAUCCUUGGGCUUCUCCAAAGCUGCUACAGGCCUAGAGCUACAAAGCUGGGUCCAGUUCCAAAUAUAUCUUCUGCUACUGAAAUCACUGGUGCAGGAGUCACAUUCAAGGCACAAACGGAUGAAUAUUCUCCGCUUGCAGUGAAAUUUAUACAACCAUCUCUUAUUCCCGGGUUGGGUUCUCUAUUUUUUCGAGAAACCUGUUUCAGAAUUCCAGUAUUGUGCAUCAAUGACUCCACACCAUCGUUCUUGAGGAAUCUCAUUGCCUAUGAGCAAUGCUACCCAUUAAGUCGUCAUUAUGUUACUUCUUUCGCCUUUCUGAUGGACAAGCUCAUUGACACUAAAGAUGAUGUUUCGUUGCUUGUGAGGUCAAAAGUCCUUCAACACAACCUGGGAGCCGUUGAAGAUGUCACAAAUCUCUUCAACAAUAUUUGCAAAGAUCUGAAUUUGGUGGUCUGA